CUGCUCGAGUUCUCCUUCGACUUGGAAGUCGAGCAGGACUCGAACGGGCGCUACGUCGAAUUCGGCCGCGGCGUCUGGAGCGCUGUAUACAAGGCCAAAACGAGAUGGAUCCCUCAUUCUUCACUCCUCACACCACCCCCGUCACCGGCCACCCCCAGCCGUGUUCUCGCCGUCAAAACUCCUCUGCGCCGUGAUGCAGCGCCUGUUCUUGCGGCCGAAGCCAGGAUCUUGACUCGCCUCGCUGCGACUGCGCAGGCCGAUCAGCAUGUCGUGCCCUUCCAUGGCUUCGUCCCUGCGUCUUGUUCACUCGUCAUGUCCGCCAUCCCUCUUGCGCUAUCCAGCCAUAUCGAGGAAACCGCACUGCUCGCAAAGCAGAAUUUCUCCACCAGGACCAUGCUCGAGCCCGUCCUAACCAUGCCGGCCUGGAAAGAUCUCGCCGCCCAGCUAAUCACCGGUCUCGACUGGCUUCACACACAAGCCGGCGUCGUGCACGGCGACAUCAAACCGCACAACAUCCUCCUCCUCCUCCGCCGCCGUCCAGACGCAGAUCCCUCCACAUCCAGCUUCCAGUACUCCGCGCUCUUCGCGGAUUUUUCCUCCGCGCACGACAUCCAUCUAAACAGUAAUAACAAUGGUAGCACGGCAGCAUUAUCAGCGGUAACGCCGCCGUUCGCAGCGCCCGAACUCAUGACCGUCGCAGCAAUGAAAUCCUCCUCCCCACUAUCCACUCCCUCAUCCGACGUAUUCUCGCUCGCGCUCACCCUGCUUGCCGCCGCAACGGGGGAUUUGCUACUCUAUCCCGGCACAAGCGGUAUGCAGCGCCUGGCAAUGGCGCGGGAGGGGUAUCGAGUGCUCGACUUUGUGCGCGCGGGACCCCAUGCCUCACGGAUUCCGCGCGGGGGGGUGGUGGAGAGCGUUGUCGUACCGGCUGUGGUGAGGGAUGCGAGGGAGCGAGUCACGGCCGGGGAGUGG